ACACUAACACACACGCACACACUCUCUUCUUAUUUUAUCUGUAUGGUUUCAACCGAUCCCGGAUGGCGAUAUUUAGAAGGAAGUUUUGUUUUUGCGAGUUUUUUAUCCAUUUUAGCCGACUUGACGAGCAAACCCGUUGAAAGAACACGGACACCUUUAUGUGUAUAUAUAAUAAUCACAAACUGCCUACAAUACAUCGAGGGAACAGAGGUAGGAGCUGUGGGAGAGAGUGAAACACCGCACUUUAUAGUAACCUGAACACCUUCCUGCUAAGCUAACAUUGACUAGCUUUUACGAGCUAGCCUCUGGUUUGUGUUGAGGGACUGAUCCAACCAAACGAAGCCAUGGGGAACCGGGGGAUGGAAGACCUGAUCCCCCUGAUCAACAAACUUCAAGACGCUUUCAGCACUAUUGGCCAAAGUUGUAAUUUGGACCUCCCUCAAAUCGCUGUGGUCGGCGGACAGAGUGCUGGGAAAAGCUCUGUCUUGGAAAAUUUCGUUGGCAGGGAUUUCCUCCCUCGCGGCUCUGGCAUUGUGACCCGCAGACCUCUCAUCCUACAGUUGGUCAACAACAAAGCAGAGUAUGCCGAGUUCCUGCAUUGCAAAAACAAGAAGUUUGUGGACUUUGAGGAGGUUCGGUCGGAGAUCGAAGCGGAGACCGAAAGGAUAACUGGCUCCAACAAGGGAAUCUCUCCCAUCCCCAUAAACCUUAGGGUUUAUUCCCCGAACGUCCUGAACCUGACCCUCAUCGACCUCCCGGGGAUGACCAAGGUUGCCGUGGGCGACCAGCCGGUGGACAUCGAGCACCAGAUCAGGGACAUGUUGAUGCAGUUCAUCACCAAGGAGAGCUGCCUGAUCCUGGCCGUGACCCCGGCCAACACCGACCUGGCCAACUCGGACGCCCUGAAGAUCGCCAAGGAGGUGGACCCCCAGGGUCUUCGCACCAUCGGCGUCAUCACCAAACUGGACCUGAUGGACGAGGGCACGGACGCAAAGGACAUCCUGGAGAACAAGCUCCUGCCCCUGCGACGAGGCUACAUCGGCGUGGUGAACCGCAGUCAGAAGGACAUCGACGGGAAGAAGGACAUCGGCGCCGCCAUGGCCGCCGAGAGGAAGUUCUUCCUGUCGCACCCGUCCUACAGACACAUAGCGGAGCGAAUGGGCACGCCUCACCUGCAGAAGGCCCUCAACCAGCAACUGACGAACCACAUCCGGGACACGUUGCCGGGACUGCGCAGCAAGCUGCAGAGCCAGUACCUCGGCCUGGAGAAGGAGGUGGCGGAGUACAAGAACUUCAGUCCAGAUGACCCCCAGCGCAAGACCAAGGCCCUGCUGCAGUUGGUGCAGCAGUUCGGGGUGGACUUUGAGAAGUGCAUCGAGGGCUCCGGCGACCAGGUGGACACCAACGAGCUGUCGGGCGGUGCUAAGAUCAACCGCAUCUUCCACGAGCGCUUCCCCUUCGAGCUGGUCAAGAUUGUGUUUGACGAGAAGGAGCUGAGGAGGGAGAUUAGCCACGCCAUCAAAAACGUCCACGGUGUCAGAACGGGCCUCUUCACCCCCGACAUGGCCUUCGAGGCCAUGGUCAAACAGCAGAUCCGCAAACUGAAAGUGCCCAGCCUCAAAUGUGUGGACCUGGUGGUGUCCGAGCUCACCGCGCUCGUCAUGAAGUGUGCCGCCAAGCUCAACUCCUACCCCCGACUUCGGGAGGAGACGGAGAGGAUCGUCACCACGUUCGUCAGGGAGAGAGAGGGCAAGACCAAGGAUCAGGUUCUGCUUCUGAUCGACAUUGAGCUGUCUUACAUCAACACCAACCAUGAAGACUUCAUAGGCUUUGCUAAUCUUGACUUCAGCAGGCUGGAUGACGGCAGCAUCCCUGGGUGCGCCGGCAACAGUGCCCAGCAGAGGAACACAGCCACCAACAAGAAAAGGGCCAUUCCCAACCAGGGACAGGAAGUCCUGCUUCGUGGACUGGGAAAGGGCUCCGAGGAGAAGGUGAUCCGCAAGGGCUGGCUCACCCUCAACAUCAGCAUCAUGAAGGGAGGCUCCAAGGAGUACUGGUUCGUGCUGACCGCAGAGUCCCUCUCCUGGUACAAAGACGAGGAGGAGAAAGAAAAGAAAUACAUGCUCCCCUUGGACAACCUGAAGCUCCGAGACGUGGAGAAAGGCUUCAUGUCCGCCAAGCACGUCUUCGCCAUCUUCAACACAGAGAGCAGGAACGUGUAUAAGGACUUGCGGCAGAUCGAGCUGGCCUGUGAUUCCCAGGAAGACGUGGACAGCUGGAAAGCCUCCUUCCUCCGAGCGGGAGUUUAUCCUGAGAAGGACCAGGCGGAUAACGAGGAUUCGGCCCCUGCAGACACGUUCUCUAUGGACCCCCAGCUGGAGCGACAGGUGGAGACCAUCCGCAACCUGGUGGACUCAUACAUCGGCAUCAUCAACAAGUCCAUCCGGGACCUGAUGCCCAAGACCAUCAUGCAUAUCAUGAUCAAUAGUGCCAAGGACUUCAUCCACUCUGAGCUGCUGGCGUACCUCUACUCGGCCGGGAACCAGAGCAGCCUCAUGGAGGAGUCUGCGGACCAGGCCCAGCGGCGGGACGAGAUGCUGCGCAUGUACCAGGCCCUGAAGGAGGCGCUCAACAUCAUCGGGGACAUCAGCACCACCACCAUCUCCACCCCCGUGCCCCCGCCCGUCAACGACGGUGGGCGGGUGGGCGAGUCCAGCUCCAACCACAGGGCCGCCGCCGCGCCGUCUGGCCCCGUCCGCCCGCCCACCGUCAGGGGCGCCACGCCGGGACCCCCCCUCAACCCCUCCCCGGCCUUCGGGGUCCCGCUCAACCCCUCUCCUGCGUUCGGGGCGCCCCCCAUCCCCUCCCGGCCGGGCCCGCCCAUGAACGCCUUCGGCUCCGGCCCGGACCCCUUCAGCGCCCCGCCGCAGAUCCCCUCCAGGCCGGCCCGCGUGCCCCCUGGUGUGCCCAGCCGAAGACCCCCCGGUGCUCCUUCUCAUCGGCCCACCAUUAUCCGCCCCGCCGAACCCUCCCUGUUAGACUAGUCCUGUGGCCAGGCAACCCGUUUGUCAGUGUUCAGCGUGCGUGCGUGUGCGUGUGUGUGUGUGUGUGUGUGUGUACAUGCAUGCUAGGCCCGAGAGAGGGGGGAGGGCAGAGUGAUGUGGUUUCCCUGAUAUCUGUGCAGUUGUAUGCAUCGUCCAUAACUUGGUCAAAACCUAGUCUAUCCCAAUGCAAUGUUAAUAAGCUGCUAACGUUGUCGCUGUUAACCCUCCGUCAACCACCACUAGGUGGCAGCAUAACCUUUCUAUCGAGCUGCUCAGGCUGUUGGCUCGGCUGCUGUGCUAUUGAAACGCAUGGCGUUGUAAAAUAAUUAUAAUAAUGACUAAAGUGACACGCAUGUUUCUUCUUAGAGGGACCUUAACAGCAGCUUAUUAAUGAACUUGUGUAUGGCAUAGGCUGGAUUUCCUCUCCCCUCUCCUCUGAACCUUUGAAGACCCUGAGACCCAACUCGAGACCUCUGUGAUUUAAACAGGCUGAUCUUUUUUUUUUCUUCUGGAUUUUCGUUUUUCGAACUGAUGGGAAGAAAAUAUUAGGUUAUUAUCAUUGUUAUUAUGGUGUUGAUGUUGAUCACGUGUUUUCCUUGUGAUAUUUUAUUGCCCCCUCUCCCCCCUUUUUUUUUUUGCCCCCCCGUAAUAUUGCUUUAAGAAUCAAUUAAUAAUAACAGGACGAGAGAAGAGGAGUUGGGUAUGGCGGAAGCUUGAGGCCAAUAGCAGCCUGGGUGAUGGGCGAACGUUUGACACUUUAGCCACACACACACAGAAACACACACACACACACACACACACACACACACACACACACACACACACACACACACACACGCGUGUUCCGUGUGUAACUUUGAUCCACUGAUGUCGUCUCCGUUGACCACUUUAAUCCAAGCACUUGACCGUUCAGCCUUACAAACUGCAGCCAGGCUCAGACCUCUUACCGUAAUACUAUGCAUUUAGCAAAGGCAGUAGAUUGGGGAGGAAAAACAGGGAACUCCAAGCCUGGAGCAUGAAUCCCACCAUGAGUCUGGUGGGAGCCCUUUGGCCCUUAUUCGGUGGACCUGGUUUGUCCCUUGUUUAAUGUCCCCCGAGGAACGUAGGGGCGGUUUCUCUGCUCGUGGGGCCCGUGUAUAGGGGGCGGGAUGUCGCGUUUGGGCAGCGUCUAAGACACAGAGCCCAGCCGCUUCUUCGUGGGCUUUCUGUCGCACUAGCACUGCGCUGCGGAUUCCAGUGACAUCCAUAACAUGUUGUAGAUAAUCUGCCUGUGUGGAAGCACCAAGUACCCCCCCCAACCCUGCAGCCCUUCUCCCGACCACACACGCGUGCUGUGGAUAUGAAUGCAAACGCCCCCCCCGCCUUUUAUACAGACGAACGUCGUACUAACGGAAGCACUAACAGACUUUUUAAUGUAGUGAAGGUAGAUUUGGGUCAUCUUGCCGUCGCGUUAUUUAUAACCUGGAAUUGUAUCGUUUUCCUCUGUCGUGUUGAUUGAAUCUCCAUAUAACUUGUUUUUUGCUCAAAUCCCCCCCUCCCCUCCCCUCCUCAUCCCCAACCUCCCCUGCGUGUAAACAACGCGGCUCAUUUCAAGGGGAGGGGGGUGUAUCACAGGGUGGGACGAACCUGCUGUAUUAUGGGAUGGUAGACAGGGUUGCGCAGUGUCCUCCACAGUGGGGAUUCUCUUUUUUUGAUUUGAUAUGUGGGGGUAUUUUGAUGGUCCUAAUUAUUUUUCCAUAGCUGGUUUACUAAACGAGGGAGUGACCGGUCAGGGUGUUGCUUUGACCCUUGGGCUACUUUUACUGUUUCCUGUGUUUUUUGAUUGGGCCAGUCAUUGUAGGGGUUGACGUGGUGGUGGAGGAGUUUGGGGGGUUUGGCGGAGUGAAUCCACAUCCUGUCUGGUGCGUCUUGUCUGGCAAAAGAUGCUACCUCUGUCUUGGUUCUUCCCCAAGAGGAAAGCACCCAGUGUAUAUAAAUGUAUAUUAAAUCCAAUCUGGCAACGUGACAAAACAAAAGAGGAAACGACCACAAACGCACACCUCUCGCAUUGAUAUCGGCCCAGCAUUCAGACAGGAUGAGUAUUCUCCGACCACUUCCUGCUAGUGAGUCAGUUGAUGGAGUGAGGUACAGUUCUCACCGCAGGACUUCAACAAACGGGAGGCUUCCAGUAAUCUCCACGGUCCCUCCCACCUUCUCCCCCCACCCUCUCUGUGUCUGGUGAAGGGUUCAAAAAUUAAAAAUCAACCAUACACUUAUCUUUUAUUUUAUACUCUUUUUGUUUUGCAAAUCCUUGUCAAGUGCCUGUAGCAAUUAAUGGAUUUGAAUAAACAAAUUGAACCACUUUUGGAAUGAAAUCAAUAAAGAGGUGACGUGUACAAUAAAGGGUGCGUCUCUGGUGGUUGGUGUCUCCUUGUGUCCUAGAGUGAGCCCCUGUGGCCUUCCUUGUCCUAUCUCCUCUAACCCUUCCUCUACCUCUCCAGUCUCUCUCCACACUGUCCUUCUAGCCACUAAAUGCUCAAGAAAAAUGUAUUGGACUUUAAGACCGAAUAGCACAGGCCUCAGGUUUCUCAAGAGUACUUCAUGGUGCCAUUUUAGGCCUUCCUUUUCUUUUCGUGCCUUUCUACUUUUAAAACAAAUGAGGAAAACAAAGUAACAUUGAAUUUGUAAAUGAUGUUCAACAAUUACUGUUGCAGUGCAAUUUUAAUCAGGAUGUGGUCAUCUUUAUU